CCCCAGUCGCGAGAUGUCAACUGCCGCACGCAGGUGGUGCUCGAGUCCGUAAUGGCGUAUGACGGCUGAGGAGAGCCACGGGUGCGAAACGCGCACGGGUGCUCCGAAGUUUUUCCGCGUGUCCGCCAACCAACGCCGCACCGCGCGGGGGUGGUUGAUCGAAAAGUGCCGCGGCGCGUAGUGCACGUGUGUGGGGUACGGUGUGGCCGCGUUUAAGAUGAGCGCGUCGACCGUCGGCGUGCUGCCGUCGUACCAGCGCCUCGCGAACGGCGUACCGGUGCCGUUGUUCACGAGACGGUCCUUCCGUCCGCGCGAGAAGUACCUGAUCCUCCUGGUAUUCAUGACGUUCGGCGUCGUGUGCUUCGGCGCGUUCUUCUACCUGCCGGACUUCCGUAACGGCGGCGCCGCCGUCAACAGUGUCUACCGCGUGUACCAAAGUAUGCAGAAGGCCGGGCCGGAGCUUCUGCUGCCGGUGCCGCCGCGCGCCUCCGCCGACGGCCUCAAGGACUCGCGCCUGUCCGCGAUGAUCGGCCAUCCGAACGCGGUGCCGCCUGGCCACGAGGGCCACGAUCACCAGGACGUGCACCUCCUCGAGGACAGGCAGAAGCUGCAGGCGAAAAUCGACGAGGAGUAUCAGCAACAAAAAACAUUAGAGAAACCGGACAUGGGUGAAUCGCGAGUGCGUACAAGUAGUUCCUCAUCGUUGAUAGUGCACAAGGAAGAAACGAUUUUGGUGACAGUGCCACCAGCGCCCGCGGAUAAGCUGCCAUUAAUCGUCGGCGGAGAGGAUAAGGACCAUAUCGCCAGGCAACGAAGGGACAAAGUGAGAGAGGUGAGUUUCUUUCAGUUUAGAGAAUAUUUGCGAAUGGUAAACCAUAAAAUAUAUAUUUGCGAAUAA